CUCUAGUGACAAAAUGAAAUUCACUGAACAUAACCUCCAAAAUGUUUAAAAACUUUUUACUAGUCCAUAAAAAAACUUUAAAAUUUUUUCUACGAACACAGAGCACUAUUUAUGCUUUAUCAUCUGGACAAGGCAAGUGUGGGGUUGCUGUCAUAAGAGUCUCAGGGGCUUCAACUGAAUUGGCUCUACAAUGUCUCACAGGCCUUUCGAACCCCAAACCGCGAACCGCAAUUUUAAGGAGCAUAAAGCACCCCUCAAAUCACGAAAUAUUGGAUAAGGGGCUCAUUUUAUGGUUUCCAGGUCCUCAUAGCUUUACAGGAGAAGACUGUUGCGAGUUUCAUGUUCAUGGAGGAAUAGCUGUUGUUAAUUCAGUCUUAAACGCGCUUGGGUCUCUUCCUGAUUUAAGACUAGCUGAACCUGGGGAGUUUACAAGAAGGGCUUUCCAUAAUGGAAAGUUAGACUUGACUGAAGUUGAAGGUUUGGCUGAUUUAUUGCAGGCAGAAACAGAAAUACAAAGAAAACAGGCUUUUUUGCAAACUCAAGGCGCCUUAAGCAAGUUAUACAACAAGUGGAGAGGCAGUUUGAUCAAAUCAGUGGCGCACAUUGAGGCUCACAUUGAUUUUGAAGAAACUGAAACCAUUGAUGAAGGGGUUUUAGAACAUAUUGUUAAAGAAAUCGAAACGAUGAGGGAUGAAAUUGACAAACAUUUAAAUGAUGGGAGGAAAGGCGAAUUGUUGAGGAAUGGAGUCAAGACUGUCAUUUUAGGGGAGCCCAAUGUAGGGAAAAGCAGUUUGUUGAAUUUGCUCUGCAAGAGACCUGCAGCUAUUGUUACACCAGUUGAAGGCACCACUAGGGAUAUUUUGGAAGUCACUUUGAAUAUUGAGGGGUAUCCUCUAGUUCUAGCGGACACAGCAGGUCUGAGGACUGAAACUGACGACAUUGUAGAAAAAGAAGGAAUAAUUAGAGCUAAGAGGAGUUAUGAGUGUGCUGAUCUUGUCAUUCUUGUAAUAGAUUCAGAGAAGUAUUACAGUUGGUUGCAUAACCACUCAUCUGGCUCAACGACUGAUUAUUUAAAGUUUUACGUUGAAAAACUGGGGUUACACGAUUUACUAAAUUAUGAAAGUAACGAUGAAAUAUUUACCAAAGAAUGUAUUAUUGUUUUCAAUAAAUUAGAUCUUGUGGAAAAUUCACUUAAUUUGCAAAAUUCCAGUCAAAUUAACUGCCUGUCAUGCAAGUCGGAAGAUGGGGUCCCAGAUCUGGUCAACAGUAUAAGCAAUAAGUUAAAAGUUUUAUGUGGCGAACCAUCUGCUGAACACCCAAGUAUGAAUCAAGUGAGACACAGACAACACUUAAGUAACUGUCUCAAGUGUCUUAACUCAUCUCUUGAAAAGUCUUCAAAUGACACUGUUUUAAUGGCCGAGUCUUUGAGAAAAGCUCUAAGACAUCUUGGCUACCUAGUUGGCGUGACAACCACUGAACAGCUUCUAGAUGUAAUAUUCAAAGAUUUUUGUAUAGGAAAGUAAAAUUUGCUUCAAUUGAAAUAAGUGUAUUGCCUAUUUUAUACAAAAAAAUAUUAAAUGUAUAACAAAAUA